AUGUUUGACCACGGUGUCGUACGGCUCAUUGAAGGGUUUGAUAUUGAUCGACCCUUCAAUGUAAUCAGUCUUUCCCCCGCUCUACACACCUUAUUUGGCGGCUUUGAGAUUUUCUUCGAGCCUGUCCCAUCCCAGUUGCACACAUAUCAAGUGAAACCCUUUCUUCCCGAGAUUUUUCCCGAUCUUCCUGUUGCUCGCACGCUCUAUCCUUCAGCGGACUGUACAAUUGAUGAACCCCUGCCUCGGUUCUUUGCAAUUCACAGUGCCAUUGCCCGUAUCCUACACCUCUCUGAAGCUGGCGAAUACAUUGAUACCAUUCUUCGGGAUCUGGAGAAUGUCGGCGGGCAUGGAGAUGGUUCAACUGAACUGGGUCGUUUGGUGAUGCUUCGGUUGAGUGAUUGGGUAGAUGUGAAAUGCUGA